AUGAGCAAUUUGUUGGAAGAAAUUCGCAAUGUUACUGUUGCUAAUACUUUUCCCAAUGGUGAAAAGAAAUCUUGUUGCGAGCAUUAUUGUACUAUAGGGUCCUGGAGGUUUUCUCUCUAUAUUUGGCACCCCAUUUGGUGCUUAUCUCCUGUGCUUUUGCCUCUCCACUUGGCGGUUACCUCUCCACUCAUAUACGACUCCUACAAUUAUGGUCCAGAUGAGAAUGAGUACUUGAUUCUCUUGAGCGAAUUCUUGCAGAGUGUUGCACUUUUUGGUGCAUUGCUUUUCUUCAUAGGGAUGAAAAACUUGAUUCCAAGGAGACAAAUCAAGAAGAAUUCCCCUAAGGCAAAAGUGGGUUAAAGUGUGUGAAGAAGCAAAUUAGAGAAUGCAUUAUUCUUGCAGGUGCUGAAAUUUUCUGGGUGUCAACUAGCUGUACAUAUGAUAUUUAUUGAUAUCUUUCAAGCAAUUUAUGUAACAAGCCAAAUUUGUAGUUCUUCUUGAUUGGGGUGGUUAGACUGAUGGUCCCUAUAUUAUCAUUUCACAGCCUGAACGGGCACAGUAUACGUUUCAUUGUGUUUAAUAGAAUCCGUUUGAGCUAGAAUUUUAUGAUUUCAUAAUAUUUGUGGAUAUUCUUGUUUGACUCCUCAGUCCUUAGUGUUACGGAGCUAUGUAAUGGAUCAUGGAUUAUAUUUUCCUGUGCC